GCUGAUCUGUAAGUAAACGGCUCAAGCUAUCGAGAUGUACUCUGUGUCUAGAAUAGCUCGUAGACUCUACAGCUCAGCAGCCGAGAUCCCUAAAGGAUUCUGGUGGCUAAAAUAUGGGGAAUUGGCAGCUGUGUCGAAACCCAAAGCAAAAAGUGAUUUGGAAUAUCUGAAGAAUAAUGGCGUAACACACCUCGUCUCGCUCACAGAGACAGUGCCGGAUUUUCACGGAGUUGACCUCACGAGUGUUCAUAUGCCGGUUGAAAAUGGUGGGAUGAAUUCAAUAGAACAAGCUAAUGAUUUUUAUAAACUGGUAGAGCAAGUCGGUGCCAAUGGAGGUAGUGUUGCUCUGCACUGUGGUGAAGGACAAGGUCGUGCAAGUGUUCUGUUAGCAUGUUAUGCUGUCAAAGCUGACUCACUAAAGGCUGAAGAAGCAAUCCAAAGAAUACGACAAAAUAGACCCAAUGCUAUUUCCAAUGAAGAGAGGGAAAACCUUGUCAAAGCUUAUGAGAAAAGCUUGAAACAAUGAAAUUUAGCUUUUAAAUGAAUUAUAUAUAUAUUAAUGUAUCAAAAUUAAAAUUUUGAAGUUUG